UGCAACUGUAGCUACCAAACAGUAGUAACCAGGCAUUGUUAAAGACUUUUAGAGCUUUCAAACCAACUGUGCAGACAUUUAUGUUGGAGCACAACCAAUGAAGUAAUUGAUGGAUUGAUAUUUUGUGUGUGUGUGUGUGUGUGCGUGCUACAUUUUAGCUCCCUAAAGAGUCUUACAGGCUGAAUUUGGGCUAGAAUGGAGCAGCGCUGGACCCUGUGUGCAUUGCUAUUCAUAGCCACACUGAUACUAGGCCACUGCCAGAGUGGUGAUGGAGGGGACUGGGGAUCGGGCAAUAUGCCUGAGCUUUUGUUCACCACUACCUCGACUCCUAUUCCAAACACAGUCUGUAAUAAAACAGCCAACUCUAGGAGCACAGACUGGACCAAGCCUGUUUUUCAAGUUAUUCCAGACAGCAAACCUGAUGGCUGCUCGGUCAAUUUCCACACCAGCCAGACUAUGUUCAGACGAUUACAAGUGGCCAAAGAGGAGAUGGCUUAUCUGAAAGCCCUCCAGCAUGGGAAUCAGGCAGUGAUGGAGAAUCUGAUCCAGUUUGUUGGAGCAGAAAUGGGGGAUCAGAGUUACCAAGAGGUUAUUCAAGAAAAUAUUGCUGGGAUCAAGGAGAAUCUUGCAAGUUGUAUGGGAGACCUGAAAAAGGCAACUGAGGAGUUGGAAAACCAGCUAGAAGGAGCUGACUUUGCUGGAAUUCAGAAAAUCCUUGAAGAGUCUGUAACCUCUGACGGGAUGCUGCGUGCCACAGCAGACAUCGCCAACCGACUGGAGACCUCCUCGCAAACUCUUCACAUGCAGAUAACAGAGCAGCUGAGAAAAAGCUUAAAACUAAAAAAGACGUAAAUCCUACAAAAGGAAGACUGUCAUGUUAAUGGAAUGUAAUACGUCCAAAUGGCACAAAGACAAAAGACAUCAAGAGGAUCAUUUGAAUAUUUAAGUGAUUUUUAAUAGUGUUAUGAACACCCAGAAAAUGACUUAAUUAUAGUUUAGGUUCAAUGCUAUUUCAAAGCAUAGAAUGUAUGAAUCAAAAUAGUCUAUGGAAAAAAAGAAAAAAAAAUCUUGGCAAAGGCAAGUGACAUCUCGUACUGUUUUAAGCUGUUUGGAUUCCAGGCAGCUAGCUAAGUGUUGUGGCUUUCUUGGUGCUAGGGUACAGAUGGAGAGUGGACAGCUUGGGCCCCACAGUCAGAGCAGAUACAUGUGUGCUGGGAGGAAAAAAGGGAAACGACAGUGAAGUCAUAGAGAAACAAAUGAAACUUCAUCUGGCAGCCAAAGCAGAAAGGGUGCUUGUUAUCACCAAUGUUUAAUUCAUCCCUAUUAAUCAUAAUGAAACAUUGUGUAAAGUGUGAUUUAUGUUGGCCAGCUGUAAACAGGCUGUGUGCAGACUGUAUAUGUGCUUAGUUGUAGGAUACAAGUACGUGGAUGCCUUGUAGGGUAUGCAUAUCUUUUUAACAUGCUUUAGGACAUCAUUUAGCUCAUUUAGGUUUAAUAAUAUGUAAAGAAUAAAGUGAUAAUUUACUUUAUUAUUAACAUAGUCGUUCACCAAUUUUUUCCCUGAAUAAUGUGCAAAUAUAAAAUUUGAUUUAUGAAAUGCAUCAAAGGUCACAAUAGACCAAACUAAAUGUAAUCCCUGAACAUCCACGAGCUGAUGCCAGUUGCAGACUCCUCAAGUUUCUUAUAUACAGUAUAUAUCGCUUUGUACUGAGUCACUGAAUAAUUCAUAGUAGAAACUGAAUAUUGUGCUGUUAAGUUACAGUAGUUACUGACUAAUACGCAGAGAGUUUAGUGAGUUUAAAGUAGUACAGAAAUACCUAUUUUCAUAAUUAUAUACUGUAUACUGUCUUCUGUGGUGAAUUAACUAUGAAAAGCAUAAGAUAAAAAAAUGGUCAUGUCACAUGUCACAAGCGGAUCCUCCUUUACCCCCACAGUAACUGAGCAAUUAUAAUUGAGAGUGCAUCUAGAAUUUUUUUACAUUUUGAAUCCACUAUUUUAAGUUUCUUUAUGAGACGGAAAAGAAACUUUUAUUACAAAUGAAAUGACUGGCUGGACCAGAAAAAGAUCAAUUCACACAAAGAGAGAGAGAAAGAGAGAGAGAAAGAGAGAGAGAGAGUUAGAAAGUAUACAGUUUAAUUGUAUGAAUGGAAAAAAAUAAGAAUAUAUAAAGUGAAUUUAAGUGAAUG